UGCGAUUUGCUCAACCUCCAAACGGUCGCCUUCUUCCCUCCUUUAGUGUUCCAGGCGCCAGUCCGGAGCUCCGACCAUGGAAGCUCUGAAGCUUUGUUACUCUUCAACUCUCCUGUCUUGUAAUUCAUCUAGAAAACUCGCUUUCCUUCAUCCGUUUGCUGUUACUUCUUCAAUUUCGUCCUCUUUCUCUGUUCUUCGUCCAUUUUCCUUGUUGAACUUAUCCGGUUACCAUAAAUCUUCCUCAUCCUCGCUUCGAACGGUUUGCGAAUGUACUUCGGUUACUGGCGAGACUGGAAUCCCUGAGAAUUAUGGAGAUACCGAAGGGGAGAAUCCAGGAGGGUUCCAUGAUGAAUUUGACGAUGUAGAUUACUCCAUUGAUGUGGAGGCUUUGGAAGAAGAAGCCAAAGACGUUCUUCGAGAGUAUUCUAGCUCUUUAUCCCGAGAACUAAGACUAGACGAUGAAUUGAAUGAUCAAUCAGAAACUGGUCGGAAGAAGAAUAAGCGUACACCUAGAAAUAUCCCAGACCAUCUUCUUCCAAAAGUCGCAAUUGUUGGAAGGCCAAAUGUUGGAAAAUCUGCAUUGUUCAAUAGACUUGUUGGGGGAAACAGGGCUAUUGUGGUGGAUGAACCUGGUGUUACUAGGGAUCGGUUAUAUGGUAGAUCCUUUUGGGGGGACAAUGAAUUUAUGGUGGUGGAUACAGGAGGGGUUCUUUCUGUUUCGAAAACACAAAAUGAUGUCUUGGAGGAAUUAGCAAUCUCGACAACCAUUGGCAUGGAUGGCAUUCCCCUAGCUUCCAGGGAAGCAGCUGUUGCAAGGAUGCCGUCAAUGAUUGAGAGGCAAGCUACAGCAGCUGUGGAAGAAUCCUCUGUCGUCAUAUUCCUUGUUGAUGGUCAGGCAGGUCUAACGGCAGCUGAUGAAGAAAUUGCUGAUUGGCUUCGUAGAAACUACUCAGAUAAAUAUAUAGUUCUUGCAGUUAACAAGUGUGAGUCUCCACGUAAAGGAAUGAUGCAGGCAUCAGAGUUUUGGUCUUUAGGGUUCACACCUCUUCCUGUAUCUGCUCUAUCUGGAACUGGGACUGGAGAGCUUCUUGAUCUUGUUUGUUCAGGGUUGCAAAAAGUUGAGGGUCUUGAGGAUCUGCAUGAAGAAGAAGAUUACAUUCCUGCUAUAGCAAUUGUUGGUCGACCUAAUGUUGGUAAAAGUAGUAUUUUAAAUGCUUUGGUAGGAGAGGACAGAACAAUUGUCAGCCCAAUCAGCGGAACUACCCGUGAUGCUAUUGAUACUGAAUUUACAGGACAAGAUGGUCAGAAAUUCCGUUUAAUUGAUACUGCUGGAAUUAGAAAAAGGGCAACUGUAGCAUCAUCCGGUAGCUUGACUGAGUCUCUAUCUGUCAAUCGAGCAUUUCGUGCAAUUCGUCGUUCUGACGUAGUGGCUCUUGUCAUUGAAGCCAUGGCUUGUAUCACUGAACAGGAUUACAAAAUAGCGGAAAGGAUUGAGAAAGAAGGAAAAGGUUGCUUGAUAGUUGUCAACAAGUGGGAUACCAUACCAAAUAAAAACCAACAGACUACAAUGUACUAUGAGCAAGAUGUCAGGGAAAAGCUACGUUCACUUGAUUGGGCACCGAUUGUUUACUCUACUGCAAUAACUGGUCACAGUGUCGAUAAGAUUAUAACUGCUGCUAGUGCAGUUGAAAAGGAAAGGUCUAGAAGGCUUACCACUUCCAUACUAAAUCAAGUAGUACAGGAAGCAUUAGCUUUCAAGUCACCCCCAAGGACAAGGGGGGGCAAGAGAGGACGUGUUUAUUACUGUACUCAGGCUGCUAUAAGGCCACCCACGUUUGUUUUCUUUGUAAAUGAUGCAAAACUUUUUCCUGAAACAUAUCGGCGGUAUAUGGAGAAACAACUGCGUACAGAUGCAGGUUUUCCUGGAACACCAAUUCGGCUUCUUUGGCGAAGUAGAAAAAAAAUGGAGAAGAAAGAAGGUAAGGCUACAACAAAGGCUCAGACGAAUCCAACACAACGAGAUAGAGAAGUUUCCUUCGCUAGGUGAGUAGAUGGGUAAAGAGACAAAUUUUUUUGUUUCCCCUAGCAAGAGCAACUCUGGAGUUGGAUUCAUCUUUUAUUCAGAAAGAGCUGUGUUCUCUUUUGGGACUUAUUGGAAGGAUAUGGUCAAAUAUACAUAACAGUCAAAUAGCUGAACAGUGGCUAUCUAGGCUGUGUCUACCUGGAAGGAACAAACAAUUUAAUCGGGGUUGUUGAGGAACUACCCGAAAAGAUGAGCCAUUUGUGCUUAUUAUUAUUUCUUUCUAAAUGUCAUAUAAAGUUGUAUCUUGAUUUUAAGCCCUAUUUUUAUCAAUCCGUGUCAUGGUUUAAAGUAA